AUGGAUCUUGCUAGAUGGGGGAGAAUUGGUGUAGCAGAAGUUUAUCGCAGUGGACCGGAGGCAGUUCGUUUAUUACUCCAAAAUUUGUGUACUACGGUGGACUGUGAUAAGUUAGCUACAUCAUUAUCUGGACAAAAUUGCUGCCUAAAUGAAACAACUCUUGCCAAAUUCGUACAGAAUGGUUAUCCUCAGUCCGAACCUGAUACUCGAACCGGAGUCCUGUCGAAAUACGAUUAUGGCAAUGUGUAUGAGAACAUGUUUUAUUACAGCUCACCCGAGCCUCCGGUUUACGACCUAUCCAAAAUCCCGCCCGAUUUUCCGCUCUUCAUAAGCUAUGGUGGCCAAGACGCGCUAGCUGAUGUCGAGGAUGUCAAUAUAUUGCUCGAAAUCCUUAAAUUACUCGUUUAUAAGCAUAUUAUCGACUUUUUCAGAAAGCAUAACUAG